AGCUCUCUCCUUAAUUUUUGACUGCUGAUGGAUCGAUCUUUACCUAUCUAUACUACUAAGUGCAGAUUGCCGAGUGGGAUAUCUCUAUACAGAUCUCUAUUAGCACCUGAAACAAGUGAAACAAUCCAGCAAUCGAAGAAUCAUCUCCAAAACCAACAACUAUACAUGAUGAAUGAAUCACUGAAAGACUUUAUGAUCUCUGAAGAAGAGGUAGCCUUGAGUGAUGAAAACAGCUCUGACUGUAACAUCGAUGAUUGUUCAACAAACCUGGACCAGGUGGUAAGGAGAAUUGCUCUGUCAGCUUUGAAGGGGCUCAUUGAGUUAACGAAAAACAAUGAUAGAUGGAGUGUGAAGAAAGUUAAUGAGAUUACGUGCUACAGCAAGCAUAUUGGUGGGAGAAAGGUGCUUAAGCUAGAGAGUUUUAUUGAGACUUCAGCACAGCAUCUUUGGUCCAUCUUGUAUCCUGGAGAUAAUACCACUGAAUGGAACACGCAGUGUGGAGGGAAUGAGAUUGUGUAUCGUGUGGAUAAUGCAACUGAUAUAAUCUGCACCAUCAGUAAUGCCCUGGGACCCAUUGCUGCAAGAGAUUUUGUUUCGGCGAGGAAAGCAGCAUUCACUAAGGGUGCAUAUUACUUAGCAAGCCAGUCAAUCGUCACAGAUUUGAAGCCCGAGGAAAAAGGGAAAGUCAGGGCGAGCGAAGCGAGUCCCUUCCUAGUGAUGAACGUUGCAAUUUUGUCUGUGUGUGUGUGUGUGUGUGUGUGUGUGUGUGUAUGUGUGUGUGUGUGUGUGUGUGUGUCAUGAACCGGCACGAUAUUUGUUUUUUUUGUACUCGUGACCCUUUACCAACUUUUACGUGAAAGCUGUGCAUGGGCACAAGAGCUCAGGAACGAAGGCUCAGACAAGACACAGAGACUCUUGAGGCUACAAGCACGCCUACAGCAGGUCAGAGCAACUCAGAUGGGGACCUUCUGAGCCUAAGAUUACACAUGCAGGCACGCCUGCAGGAGGUCACAGCAGCUUACUUGCCAUGUUUCACUUCCAAGUCUUGUGUUUUUGUGAUAAUAAACCUGCUAGCUCAACAGGACAAAACAGAGAUUGAGACCAGUCACUACGACAGGUCAGAGCAGCUCAGAUGGAGACUUCUGAAGUUGCACAAGCACCUUUAGACAAUA